AAGAACCUAUUAUUUCCUUCCCAUAUUACUAGCUAAUAUACAAUACGCUUGCUAGCUGCAAUAUUUCAUCUUAAGUGUAUGGGCUCUCUUUUGAUCUCUUAUAAAUAAAAAAGCUAUAGUUGCUCGUAUCUCCACUCUCUCAUGCCGGUCGCUUAUUCAUUGCUAUUUAUGGUGCAAGUUUGAUGAAGUGAGAAAAAUGGUGUACGGAGAACUUAAAAUACGAAGCUACGAUGUUCAAAUUCAUAGAGCUAGAGUGGAAGAUCUUGAGAGAAGAUGUGAGGUAGGCCCGACUAAACGAGUAGUUCUCUUCACAGAUACUAUGGGUGACCCCAUCUGUAGAAUCAAAAACAGUCCGAUGUACAAGAUGCUGAUAGCCGAGCUGGGCAGCGAACUGGUUGGUGUCAUUCAAGGCUCUAUAAAGCUUGCAACCGUCCAUAAACCUCCAAAGAAUCUAGCCAAGUUGGGUUAUGUGUUAGGCUUAAGAAUUGCACCGCUUCAUCGAAGAAAAGGGAUUGGAUUGAGGCUAGUGCUUGAAUUGGAAAAAUGGUUUGUUGAAAAUGAUGUUGACUACGCGUACAUGGCUACAGAGAAAGAUAAUGAGGCAUCAGUUAAUCUCUUCAUAAAAAAGCUUGGAUAUGCCAAAUUCAGGACGCCAGCGAUUCUUGUUAAUCCAGUUGAUCGUCGAGCCUUGCGUUUGUCAUCAAAAACUGAGGUUGCGAAACUCAGGAUUGAAGAAGCUGAGUUUCUAUACCGCAAGCUAAUGACUUCAACCGAGUUUUUCCCUGAUGAUAUAGGCAAUAUACUAAGAAACAGGCUAAGCAUGGGGACUUGGGUGGCCUAUCAAAGAGGUGAGUCAUGGGAUGGUUUUGGUUCAGAUGGGAAAUUUCCAAGUAGUUGGGCCAUGCUUAGUGUAUGGAACAGUGGGGAGCUCUUCAAGCUAAGAUUAGGGAAAGCGCCCUUAUCUUGCUUAAUAUACACCAAGAUUUCAAGAUUGAUGGAUAAAAUCUUUCCGUGUUUUAAAUUGCCUGCAAUACCAGAUUUUUUCAGUCCAUUUGGAUUCUACUUCAUGUAUGGAUUGCACCUUGAAGGACCAUUAUCAGGAAAACUGGUUGGAGAUUUGUGCCAAUUUGUGCAUAACAUGGCGACAAAGACCAAAGAUUGUAAGGUUACAGUAACAGAAGUAGGCUGUAAGGAAAUGCUAAGGCCUCACAUCCCCUACUGGAAAUCGCUCUCCUGUCCAGAAGAUUUGUGGUGCAUAAAGGCCAUGAAAAAUGAAGAGAGCACAAUCCUUCAAUUGCCAAAAACGCCACCGACAACAACAUGCCUUUUCGUAGACCCAAGAGAGGUUUAAGCAAUAUAUAAGAAAAUAUCCACUUGGAUUUAUUAUGCUUUGCUUGAGGCCAAACCCCACCUCGUGUAUUGUUAGAUGAGUCCAUCCAUCUCUCCUUUGUGGGGGCUUUUCUCUUGUUCCUUUCACAUUGGUGACAAAAAAUCUCAAAAAAUUUCCGUAAUUACGUGCCACCCUAUUUGUCCCUGUUAUCGACUCAAUUUUCGAUACCCUUGCGAUCCUGACUAAUCAUGAAGCCAGUUGUCCAUGUUUUGUACCUUCCUUACGGGUAAAAAUUUUUCGAUUGGAUUAUCCUAUCUCAUUCGUCGCCUCUCAUAUAGCUAAAGCAUUCCUUAGCAUGCCAAUGCAAGAAGUUCAUAUUUCUUUUGAGAUGGAGGGUAUACAUACCUAUUGAAUGCAAAAAACCGCCCAGCGAAGUCUCCAAAGUGAAUUAAUAAGGUCAUUAGAUGUUUCUAGCAAAAUAUUUUAUGAUUUCGGAGGGUUUCAACUCAUGCAUAAUUAAGGCACAGCAUAGAUGGGAAGAUGUCAACUUCACUGCCCAGAUGCAGGAUCCUACAUCUUCCAGAACCCUAGCCAGUCCUGCGGAUAAAACAACUUUGGUUAGGGUUUCAAGUCAAUAGUCACAGUCGACGCCGUGUUUAGCUAGGUAAAGCAGCCAUGAGUUAGGCAUCUAUUCUCUCCUGCCAAAGAAGGAAGUUUCUUCA